CUGCACGAAGAUCCUUGACGAAGAGCACACAAAAGAAGAAUCGAUUCAAUCAAGUUAUACCGAUACUACUACGUAGCCACGGUAGGCAAUUAGUAAACGAAAAGGAAUAAUAAUAACUAUCUUCCACAAUGGCAAAUUCCAAUAACGGCGCAGCUGAACCCUCACCAUUUGUGAUAUUGAUCACUUACGUCGUCCUUGGGACCUUGUUAUCCUUUUUGGCGGGACGCGAACCUGGGAUGCUUCCUGAAAACAUCCACCGAGAAAUGGCUCCGUCUUUGAUUGUGGUUUGCGGUUUUUUGGUUAGCUACAGUUUGUGGGAUGUCAUGGCUGUUGGCGUGGCCAAGACGAAGGCGAACUACAUGGAGCAUUCGUAUAAGGAUUUACCCAAGCAUAUUCCCGAAGAGGUAUACCUGGCAGUGCGAGUUCAGACCAACCAAGUGGAGCAAAUGCCCGUGUUUUUGAUUGGUACCCUAAGCUGUGCUUUCUUUGUCAAUGGCACCGUGGCGGCUGUCAUGGCGUUGCUCUGGGCCAUUUUGCGACGCCAGUAUGCUUCUCUUUACCGCUCUUCGGUUGGUGUCCCCCUUGCAAAAAUUGGACUUCAGAAGUUCACGAUUCCAGCUUAUUUUCUCUCAAAUGCCAUGUGCAUGGCGGUGGCCGUCCAUUCUCUUCGUGCCUUGCUCUCUGGCUAGUUGGUGUCAAACAGAAAGGAAUAGCGGUUGUGCGGUAUCGUUUGUUUAUUGAAAUAAUAUUAUUUACAUUUAGCAGUAAUGUCAACCCCGCACCGAACAAUUCAAUUGCCUAGCUCGUUUCUCACCAUCCAUCCUCGCGAUGACCUCCUCCCACA